UAACCGGCGAAUGUUAUUGUUUAUAUUUUGCGGCACUUUGAAUGCGAGAUGCGCAUAUAUUUCGCGUAACUAAGAUCCAAAAUGGAGUUGAAUAUCUUCGACGACUGCUGGGAGCUGGUGCAACGAUUUCAGCGAUUGGUCAACGAUGGCGAAAACUGCGAGUUCGAGGUGUUCUGCCGGUGCUGGCGAGAAAUGCAGCUGCAGCAUCUAUUCACUGCCCAAACGAACCACACAGAGGUGAUAGCCACCACUCUGGCGGCCCUGCAUGUGGCCAAGCGGCUGUCGUGCUCCCGACGCACCACCGGGGACGUUUUUCCGGCAUCUCGCGCUCAAAGGAUCGGAGGUUUCUUUCUGCUCUACGUAAUCUACUACAAGCAGCCCACCCACAACUUUAUUAAGAUCGAGGUCUCACCGCGCACUUGGCAAGAACUAACGGACUACGCUCUAGAUCUGCGCAAGGAUAGCCCGGAGCGGAAGGACACCCAUCAGAUCGCCUACAUGCUGUGGCGCCUGACCCAGGAGCAGGCCUUCCGCUUCACAGCGCUCGACUAUUGCCAGGGUUUGGACAAUCUGGUGGACUACGACCGUGUGGAGACCAUAGCGGGUGCCAAGGAACAGAGGCAGAGUGCCUUGAUGCAGAAGCAACAGCGUGCGAACGGCGUCAGUCUCACAUAUGAACUGGAGGGUCUGCGAGCACUGGACCAGGCAAGUCAGCCAUUGUGCGAACUGGAAGCGGCAUACAAUGCCCAAAAGAAGCAAUUGGCGACUGGUCAUGAGCACGCAUUACCGCCCACUCAAAUAUUCGGCCAUUUGCGAGAAGUGUUUGCCGAUAUCCAAAGUGUUCUAGGAGCUAGGAAGAGUACUCCAGAUGAGGAAUGUCCUACAACAUCUACAGGCAACCAGUUGGAAGUGCGCCAAAGGGUGCGGAACAAGGCCAUGUACGGCGUCGAGCAACGGGAGCCGCAACACCAGGCGGAUGAACUAGAAGUGCAGCUGGAGGUCAACGAGUCUUAUCAACGCCGCACGUCCUCGGCCACCGUUUUCCAGAGGGAUCUUCCAGAAGACUUGCAGCAAGAGUAUGAAAUGAUUGAGUUUAGUGACGACGAGGAAAGGGAAGUGGGUGAAAGCGAGGUCACGGAAGAAGAAUUCAGAGCUAUUUUGGAUAGUUGAGUUAGUUUAUAAAACUGUUACAUAAUUAAAUAACUAGCAUAUUUUGUAUUUUUGCGUUUUGUGAUCUUGGUUAUCUGUUGCAAAUAAAAUA